UGUGGAAUGAAUGACAACUGUCCCCCAUCCUUUCUGUCACCGUCGUGGCUACUUUUCACUUCUUUCUCGACAUUUCAUCUUCCCCAGUACACCCUCAUAAGCUAUCAACAACACAGGUUGGCAUAUCCGAAUCGACCACGCCCCAGGUCAAGUUCUCAAAAGCCCAAUCUAAUUUCUGUUUUUAUUUCAUGCUACGUUCCUUCCAUUUGUACUUUCUUUCUCGUCGAACCCGUUGAACACCCGGCACAAAUGAGAUCCUUUCACCAACGCCGAGAUCAAAUCAUGCUUGCAAAUAUCCCGAACUCCCGGUCGUACCUUGGCCGUGGCCUCUCAUGUGCUAUGCUACAUUGGCCAAACCCGAUAACACUCCUUUCACUGCUCAACCCGGCUCGAGGCUUUCUUUCUUUAUUUCACUCCACGAUGGAAGUCUAUCGUUCUCACGAAGCGCCAGUUGUGGUAGGAUUCUCCUCGUCUUCCUGGUUUCCCUGUCUACCCUUUACCCAGCGGUACACAACAGCUACCACGGGCAUCGCAAACAUGCCAAACACGGCCAGGGCCUUAGCCAGGGGCCAACUGUUGUUCAGUUUUCGAGAUGCACCGGUGACAAUACGUCGGCGGUCCGAAGUCUUCGGCUUCAGCGAGAGAAUGAUCUUUUGGGACAAUGGUCAGCCGGAAUCGUUGCCUCCGUACAUGGUCCACCCACCUGUAGCAAGCAGGUCACAGCCAUGGCUACCAAGAUCACCCGAAGGAAGAAUCUCGUCAGAACCUUGGUAUGCGUCCGCGAAGAGAGUAAGUCCAAGCAUAGAAUCACCAUGGCUUGGAUUUCUUGACUGACUUGCAUGGAGUUACCUCCCACAACAAUCAACCAGGCGACAAGAAGGCAUUCGACGGACUGAGUACGCCAGAUCGAGUCGAUGGUCCUGGCGUGACCCCGGAAACGAAAGACGCGCUGGAUCUCGGUUCCCACCGCAGCCGACACCACAAUCAUG